AAGGGGUGGGGGUAACAGUAACACACUACGAUUAGCGCUAACACACAGUAUCCAUAUUAGUGUGUCACAGUGAAUUCACAGGCAGAGCUGUAUUGAAUGGAGCGGAGUGGCUUCUCCGAGGAAGUAAAGCACAGUAGCAGCAGAACCCCUGUUGUUGGGACAUGCAUGGUGUAGCUACAAAAGGACUUCCUCUUUUCAGGUUUAGCACUGCUACCAGACCAUGCAGAGCCUCGCCGGGGAGGCAGAAACUGGGGAAGAGAGGCGAGAAGCAUCAUUGCAGAUAACGGAUUCUUUGGACACGUACCAACCCUGGGAUUCGCUCACUCACCAGGCGACGGUGCUGGGUAGGACAGAACCUCGGCCGUUGGAAUGGAACAGCAGAUUGGACCAAAGUUUCUCUCCACUGCCCAGAGUGACCAGGGAGUCAGUGAGGCAGUAUCUGCAGUUUCCCCCUGACCAAUCUGUGCGAAUACUCCAUGCAAAGGUCGCCCAGAAAUCAUACGGCAACGAGAAACGGUUCUUCUGCCCUCCUCCUUGUGUUUACAUCAGUGGCUCAGGAUGGAAACUGAAACAAGACGUUUUGAAUGCCACUGGUGCAGGGGACUCCUGCUACAGACUCUAUGGUUAUAUGGGCCUGGACAGCUCCUGUGUGACCCAGGCAGACACCUCCAAACUAGCCUUCGAGGACCAGCCUGAUGCCAGGAUGUUUGCCUGCGCCAAGUCCCUGUACAUCUCUGACACAGACAAAAGGAAGCACUUUCGCCUGGUCCUCAAGCUCUUCCUUGGUAACGGGCAGGAGAUUGGCUCCUUCCUCAGUAAGCUGAUCAAAGUUAUCUCCAAACCGUCCCAGAAGAGGCAGUCUAUGAAGAACGCUGACUUGUGUAUUUCCACGGGGUCGAGGGUGGCUCUAUUCAACCGCUUGCGGUCCCAAACGGUCAGCACACGUUACCUGGCCGUAGAACGAGGGGCCUUUGUAGCCAGUGCCAGACAGUGGACUGCAUUUACAGUCACUCUAGUGGAGGACCAGCAUGCUGACUCGGAGGAGUUCACGGUGUGUGAGGGAUUAAUCUGCUACGGCUGUGUGGUUCAGCUGGUCUGCACUGACUCCGGGGUGGCCCUGCCCCCCAUGGUGAUCCGCAAGGUGAACAAGCAGCACGCCAUCCUAGAUGUGGACGAGCCCGUCUCCCAGCUUCACAAGUGUGCCUUUCAGUUCAAGGACAACAGCCAGAUGUAUCUCUGUCUGUCUAACGAGAGAAUCAUACAGUACCAGGUCUCAUCCAGUCUGAGGGAGCAGAGCAGAGAGGUGCUGAACGAUGGAUCAUGUUGGACCAUCAUCGGUACAGAGGCAGUGGAGUAUACGUUCUGUGAGGGCCUGGCCUGCGUUCAGGGCGCCAUCAGCCCAAUACCUGUCAUCACAGGACUGGAGGUGAAUGGUGGAGGACACGUAGCCAUGCUAGAAGUAAAUGGAGAAAACUUUGGCCCCCAUUUGAAAGUUUGGUUUGGAAAUGUGGAAGCAGAAACUAUGUUCAGGUGAACGUAGACUGUUCCUGAGGAUUACAAGCACGCCAAAGAACACUUGGAGAGGCCCCAGUCAAAUUUAAAACUUCCGCUCUCAUUAAUUUUACCACAUGAACUCCAGGUGGUACAUGGGACAGCACAAGGCCGUUAGAACUUGGUUUGUAAUAAAACAUUUCUGAAAUGUACAUUUGGAGGACAUUUUCCCUCGGGCUUGGCCGUAGGAUUACAAUGCAGCCCCAGAAGCUUGACCCAAAUAUGAAAGUAGCCAUUUUGUGAUGUACAUAGGUAUUCAGGUGAACAGAAGGGUCUUUAAAGGGGCAGUGCGGUUAAAACAUUUUUUUCCCCAUUUCCACACUAUGAGGUCAAAAUUACACUCUGAAAUUGUGAACGUGCCUUUUUUUUGCUUAAGAGCUGUUUGGAAAAAAAAGGCCAGGAACUUUAGUUCAUCUUUGAUUUGGACCGGUACUCCCACUGCCGGUCCCGCACGAUCAAAUUGGUACUCCUCAUGUUGACAUGCACAGGAGAGAGGUAGGUAGUUAUGCAUGGCCAAAAGCAUUUAGAGAUUGUACGGUAGUUGUUGGCUACAAGGCAGCAAUUGUUUGUUUGCACUUCCACUUGUUUUGUCUUCCAUCAGAACAAUCACUUUGUCUGGUUUGGCAUAUGCACAGCAAACUUCAACAAGUUAGCUAGCUAACUACACUUACACCAGCCAGUGAAUUUGCAGCUGUCAUCGUCCAUCAAGGUUCUGGGACUCAGCUAGCUAACGUUAGCUUGUAGGAAGAUAGUCAGUUAGGUAACGUGAUUAACACCGAUUCGUACACAUUUGCGCAACCGCUGCAUUUAAACGAGACUGCAAUGAAAACUAAUGUAGCGACUGCAUUGGCAUCAAAAUGUGGUGUGAAUUAUGUUUCUAUUCAAGCGUUGAUUGACAUGAUAAUGGACCAAUAAUAUUGGAGUAAAGUUGAAAAAACUGACCCCUCUGACGCUGUAUGUUAAAUUGUGAUGUGUCACAACGUAAUAAAUUGUGACGUGUCACAACGUAAUGUACGGCAUUGCAUCAUGAAACUGAUUCUGUGCCAUACAGCCUCUUUCCACCAGGUGUAGCCCUUUUCGUAAACUAAAAACAAGAAAUUAUCAAUGGUGAGUGUAAUGGUGAUUGUAAAGUUAAUAACUUGUUGUGAGUUCAUCAAUCAAUCAAUUGUUAUUUUUUUGUGUAAUCAUUGCGAGCCAUCAUGACUCUAAACCCUGUCAGCAGCAGUUUAAUUGUGAAGAUAAAUUUAGCGCUGCCCUAAAAACCCUAUUCAAAUUCGACACAAACCUUCAAAUAGGUAUGUAAUGAGACAUUAUAUAGUGUUUUAUAUACAUUUUAGAGGUGAUAAGUUGGACAAAUCGGGUGAAAAAAGCAGUUUUCCCACACGACACUCUUUCACUAUUACGCAGUAGCUUUCGCUUCCCCACCCACCAUUUUAAAAAGACCCAGCGGAGCUCCAUUGCCUUCAAUCAUGCAGAGAUGGGCAGCAUGAAGGUGUCGUCAUUGAUUUUGCUGGCAAGGGGAGAAAUUGUGCUUUACAAUGGU